UUGACCAAAACAACAUCAGUGUUUUGUAAGUCAUCUCUCCAAGGCAUGGAGUCUGCCGUUGCGUCGAGAGUUGCGUCGGACACGGAAGCGCACACCAACCGCCUUCAUCAUUUUCUCCAUCAUGGGAAUGCACGGCCGCGCUGCCGCACCGCUCUCUAACCAACAUGAAUGUCUUUACGCGUUCCAGGGGACAUGAUCGCCGUUCGCUCGUUUAUCGCCCGUUUACGAUAGAAGAAGAAGAAGUGACCUUCUCUGAGGCGGAGGAUGUCAGCUCUGAAAAAGACCAGAGGUUUACAUCUUGGUCCCCACCUCGGAAGGUAAAUGAAGGCAGACGUCUCCCUCCUGCCAGGAACAUGAAGGGCUUAUCGGGCAGUCGUUCCCAGCAUCAUAUCCCUUUACCUCAUGGUUUGGACUACGAUCCCCACAUUCACGAUUUCCAUGGCCACCAUGGCUCUGACUCCCGCCACCCGUCAUACCUGCUCAGUCCCACAGAGAGCUGCCCCGUGGACUUCCACCACCGGUUCUCGCCCCGAAGCUCCAUCCACUCUGACUGCAUGAUGAUGUCCCCCGUCAUGAUGCCCCCACCUGCCGCAUCAGACCACAUCUCCAGCAGCACCUUCCCCAGAAUGCAUUACAGCUCUCAAUAUUACGACUCAGCCACCCGGGAAGACUGCGCUGCCAUCACGGCCUCCGCCACCUCUCCGGCUGUCACUGCUGCAGCAGCCGCAGCUGCUGCCUCCUCCCACCACGCCGGCACUAAAAGCAAUCGCCUUCCAGCUAACCUGCUAGACCAGUUUGAGAAACAACUGCCACUUCACCGCGAUGGCUUCCACACGCUACAGUACCAGCGCACGUCCACAACCACGGAGCAACGGAGCGAGAGUCCCGGCCGCAUCAGACACCUCGUUCAUUCUGUUCAGAAACUCUUCACCAAGUCCCACUCGUUAGAGGGGUCAUCCAAGAUGAAUGGCACAAAAGGUGAUGUAGGAGGAGGAGGGUCUUAUUACCAUCCUGGCCACCACUCCACCAAACAUGGCAGCAAGAGGAGCAAAAGUAAAGAACGCAAGCACCGCUCUGGAGGUUGGUGGAGCUCUGAUGACAACUUGGACAGUGACAGCACCUAUCGCACACCGAGUGUAAUGUCGAGACACCACGGGGAACAUGUCAGCCACUGCUACCCAGAAUCCAUGCACAGCCACCACUUUGGAGAAAUGUCGCUCAAGGGCUCCAAGAGUAACAAUGAUGUCAAGUGCUCAGCCUGUGAAAGCUUGGCCAUGGCACCUGAGGGCAAAUUCAUGAAGAGGAGCUCCUGGUCGACACUAACGGUCAGCCAAGCCAAGGAGGCCUAUAGAAAGUCAUCGCUUAAUUUGGACAAACCCAUGAUGCACACCGACCUCAAAACGUCUUCACGAGCAUGUCACUACCUUCAGGUACCCCAAGAUGAGUGGAGCGGCUACCCCGGUGACAAAGAUGAGGAGAUUCCGUGUCGCCGCAUGCGGAGCAGUAGCUACGUCAAAGCUAUGGGAGAGCUGGAGGAUGAAAGCGGAGACUCCGACACGAGUCCUAAGACUUCUCCUCAGGCAGCCAUUCGUCCUGAUGCUCUUGUCCUUAAAUCAGCCAUGCAGAGACCCCAUCUAGACUCCCAAAGCCAGGGUUACCACUUGCAAACCAGAGAUUUGCGGCCCCACCCAAGUGUCACGCUGGAUCCUGCCACCUCCUUUCAUCCCCCUCCUUUUCGCUCUCGCAACCAGAGCUACAUGCGUGCCGUGAGCACCCUCAGUCAAGCUAGCUGCGUCAGCCAGGUGAGUGAGACUGAGGUCAAUGGCCAGUUUGAGUCAGUUUGCGAGUCCGUUUUUAGUGAAGUAGAAUCACAGGCCAUGGAGGCCUUGGACCUGCCUGGUUCGUUCCGCACUCGAAGCCACAGUUACCUCCGUGCAAUUCAGGCUGGUUAUUCCCAAGAUGACGACUGCUUGCCUUCAAUGACAUCCUCCACUGUCACUUCAACUCUCAGAUCCACAACAGGCGCCCGUAGUUUAGCUGGGGGGCGUAGGGAGUACGGGAUUCAGUUUCGUCUCCCUACUUCAUGCAGUGUGGACCGUGCUCAGCCACCUCCAGCGGUUUCAUAUCCUCCCAGUUACAAGAAGACCCCACCUCCUGUGCCCCCCCGCGCCACCACCAAGCCUCUUAUUUCUGUGACAGCCCAGAGCAGUACAGAGUCCACCCAGGAUGCCUACCCGGAAGGCAGGCAUUCGCGAGGAGGUCUGUGGACCACGGAUAGCCUUGGACGCCCUAUCUACAGCUCCACGGACAGCCUGGACAGCACCAAGGCAGUCACCAUGGCCAUGGAAUCAGCGGCAGGCCAGAGGCAUGCAUUGGUGGGAAGUCACACCUCCGUCCAGACAUGUGACAAGGCAGUACUGGUAUCAAAGGCUGAGGAGUACCUCAAAACCCCACGUUCUUCUAUUGGUAUACAGGUGGAGACUAUGACAGACUCUGAGGCUGACAGUAAAGGCCUUCCUCAGUUUCACUCCAUAGGGAUCCAGGUGGAAGAUAGGAAAAGGCACGGGAGGUUCAAGCGUUCCAACAGUGUGACCACGGCGGUGCAAGCAGACUUGGAGCUGGAAGGCUUUCCCUCCAUGGAGGACAAAGGCCUGCAGUUCGGUGGCGCCUUCGGACGCCACUCUGAGCCCAGCACACCAACUCAGUAUGGAGCCAUCCGAACUGUCCGCACACAGGGUCUUUUUAGCUAUCGGGAGGACUACCGGCCUUCCAGUGGGCGCUCCAGCCCCCAGCCUGAACCCUGGUUGGUGGAACCCAGCCUGGAGAGCACCGACUCAGGCCGAGUAUCCCCCCUCCGGAGGGAUGGGAGCUGGUUCAUGCAACUCCUUCACAAUGAAACAAAGAGGCUUGAGGAAUGGUGCAAAGAGAUGGAAGGAGAAGCAGAGGAACAUGACCUGUCAGAGGAGAUCCUAGGAAAAAUCCGGAGUGCAGUUGGGAGUGCUCAGCUAUUAAUGUCUCAAAAGUUUCAGCAGUUUUACUGGCUGUGCCAACAGAAUCUGGACCCCAGUGCCAUGCCUCGACCCACAUCUCAGGACCUGGCUGGAUUCUGGGACCUUUUGCAGCUUACCAUUGAUGACGUCACUGCCAAGUUUGAUGAGCUGGAGCAGAUCAAGAGCAACCAGUGGCAGCUGGUGGAGAGCCCCGAAAAGAAGGAGCAAAAGUGGCCCCCACCUCUGCCAAAGAGGCCAGCCAGGGGCCGUGGUGGUGUGAUGAGGGAGCGCUCGCUUGACCUCCAGGACCGCCAGCGACAGGAAGCCCGCAGACGCCUCAUGGCUGCCAAACGAGCAGCUUCUUUCAGACAGAACUCAGCCACGGAGAGGGCGGACAGCAUUGAGAUCUAUAUCCCAGAGGCCCAAACGCGGCUUUGAGGUCCACACAAUCCUCCUUAGCUCCUGUAGUCUAUCUCCAUCUAACACCAGCAGGUCGUGGCACAACAUCUGCCCUCUGUCUCCUAUUUGCUGAAUCUUUUUACAUGCUGUCCUGGCUGUCCCUGACAAGAAAAUACACUAGGCAAAGAUUUUGUUACCCCUGUUGCAUAGAUGACAACAGUGAUGAAUGAUAAAACGUAGCCAUCUUAAAGACAUAGGAGUCUGAUAUUUGACCAUGUUUUUAAACCCCAGAAAUCUGGAAAAAUAAUAUGGCAAACUAUUUUUUCAAUUUUCAUUUGAUAUUCUUCAGUUAAAAGUCACGCAGUGCCAGCCAAACACAAUAAAUGCAGAGGUUGUUAAUGUCCACAACAUCUACCUUUGCCAAGUGUAUCUUAAAGAUCACAGGGACAUUUGCCAAUGGCUGAGAAUGAGCUAACAUAAAGUAAAAUAACAGCUGGCCGAAUUAAAUCAAUUUUAAGACUUCUUUUGUAUGUUUUGGUUCACCGAAAUUGUUGCUGUUCCCAAACUGUGUCAAAGGACAAAAACACUUCUUUUUCCCCAUUCAGAGAAACAAAGCUCUACUUUCCCCUGCUUGCAACAAUGGUCUGUGGCUAAAAUCAAUCAAUCAAUCAAAUUUUAUUUGUAUAGCACAUUUCAGCAAGGCAUUUCAAAGUGCUUUACAUCAUAAAACACCCUUUAUAUUUCCUCUAUCACUCAAAGUUACCAUAUUAUUUCUUUGCGGUAUUUUUGUUUUGUUUUGUUUUAAACAAGAUGAAAACCUGAAGAAGAGUUUGACUUUUUAAAAUAACGUGUUCAAUUUGCCAUGGUUGAUGUGGCAAGUACUUCACAUUUCCUUUGAUUGUUCUUUAAUCAGUUGUGCUGCAGCCAUUAACCAUUGUUGCUGGCUAGGAUUUUUUUUUUUUAAAUAGCACUAAAGAAUCCAUCCAAAAAUAAUUUCCAUCCCUGCAAUACCACUCAGUCUUGGGACUUUUUUAAAGAUGUGUGAAUUACUAGCUGCUGUCCACAUUUCCACUGCAGAACAAAUAUGAAUUAUUAACAGAAAAAAAAAAAAGAUUUACACAGCCUGAAAAAGGUUAUUUCAACCAAUGCAUUUUGCACCUUAUAAUAUUCAUGUUUGUAUUUCCAAGGGAAAUGUAGUUUAUGACGCUCAUGUGAUAUUGUUGCAGUUGAAUUGCAAGAACAGAGAUGAAAAAUCUACUACAGAAUUUCAUAUAUAAAUAUAUAUAUAUAUCUAUAUAUAAGUUGUAGAAAUUGCACCUUGUUUUCUUUUUUUAAUGGCAUUACUGCCACUCUUAAGUAAACUUUUAUGAUUCUAACACUUUUAAUUCUAUUUACAGUAUCUAUCAUAAGACUAAUUUCAGAGUUUAUGCUAUACAUUUACUAUUUCUGGUAAUAACAGGCAUUGGUUGAUAUGACAGAGCAUCUGUCUGGUUAUUAAAUAAUAUUUCUUAGAUGGAGAGUUUCCAUUCUGCACUGCAUCUGACUUUCUGUUCUAGUUUGAUCUGCUUGUGUAGUUCUAGGGAAAACAGGUGCAAAUAACACUUUAACAAUAUUCAGUUACUAUAAUAAAUGGUGCUGCUUUUUACUCUAAAACUGUUGUCCCUCACCCAGUCCUACAUGCAUACACACACACACACACACGCAUGCACACACACACAAAUAAUAGUACUUUUUACACUGAGAUUUAUUGACAAGUGUCCCUGAUGGUCGAGUGUGACUUUAGACACAAUUAAUUUUGCAAUGUUGCUGCUUUCAGUGAAUUAAAUGAGGAGACAGUUGUUUUAAUUCAGAUUGUUGCCCAGAAUAAAGAAAAAGGGAGUUUUAUUGAGAUGAAUAACAUUAUUAUUACUAUUAUUAUUGAGCAGGAGAGAAAACAGGUUUGACAUUUCAACAACUUUUAAAAUAAAAUUAAGGAUACAUCAUGGUUCAUGUUUUUAUUUUUCCUCACACUUCCAGAUCAUUCCCACUCAUCCGCUUUGCCAGUCCAACCUCGGGUAAUUAAAACAAAUGCUGAUAUUGUCACUGUGAUCAUGUUCGGUCAUAGUGUUUCCUGUUUUAAUCUUAACACGUUCAGCGGUGGGGAGCAGUCUGCAUUCUCUGAAUGAGGUGGUGAAAAGUCAAGAGGGAUGACGACACUUUUUAAUUAUAAUUUCUACUGGCAACGAGGCUCAUCAUGAGCCGGACUAUUUUACUCCAGGAUGAGUGCACUAAAUCUGAAACCUUUACCCUAUGGCCUUACCAAAACACUAAUGAAUGUAGAGACGACAUUGAUGCAAAAAAUGUUCCAGGACAUCGGCGAUUGCGAAAAUUUCAAAUAAAUACAACGGGAUGACAGGGUGUACUGAUUUAAUUUGUUUUUCCAUGCAAAUUGUUGUAUAUUUAAUUUCCAGUACAAAAUAGAUAAAAAUAACUAUAUAUAUUUACUUUUUAAUAAGUUGAAUUUUGUUAGCCCAUAAAAUAAGCAACUGGGUAUUGAGCCUGAACUCACAAAAAAGUGUAGCAUUUUUAGAACAUAGAAAAUUUAGAAUGAAUUCACAAAAAAUGCCUCAACAAAGUAGAUAGAUUGAACUUUUUUCAGAUAUAUCAUUAACUCUGCUACAGUUCUUUACAGAAGUAUGUACAACUCUUCUACUCCUUGGAUGGUAUAUUUUAAUAAAAUGUAAUAAAAAUCUGCAAAUUGGCACACAUUUCUAUUCAGCUCUUUUCUUAUGAAUUCCAAUAAAAGGUCUAGUUAAAACCUAAAGUCAACUAAAAAUUGUUAUCCACAAACAAUCCUUCCACAGCUGUAUUUAUUUGAUGGAAAUUGGCUGAACUAAAUCUAUUUAGGGGUUUAUCAGAGUAGAUAGAAAAUUACCACAACAUUUUUCGGAUGUUUAUUUAAAAAAAAAAAAUUUAAAGCCACAUUCCUUCCUCUUUAAAUCAAUGUCUUGGUCUAUCACACAGAUAUGUUACUGAUCUGUAUAUAAGGUAUAAAUAUUCUUAUUACAAAUAUUUUUACAUUAUUUAUUUCAGGUUGUGUUAACUACUUUAAAAAUCUAAUUUAAGCAAAAAAAUUUAAAAAUAAUAAAAAAAACCAAACUUUAUCUUGCUAUAUUUUGUAGAUGUGUGCCCACUAUAGAAUAAAGGGAUAACAGGAUAAAUUUGCUCGAUAAGUACAGUGCAUUAUGGACGUACAAUAAACUGUUAAGAUGGUAAGGGCUUAGUCUUUACAGGUCGCAUUUUUUUUUCAACAUUAUUGUUUAUAUUACUUUGCGUAAAAUGAUUUGUGUUCGGCAGAGUGGUAGAGAGGGAAAAAAACACACAAUGCCAUUUUUCAAUUAUUUUGAGCAUUAUUUGAGAUUGGUUGUGUUUCUUAUGUUUGAAUUAGACACUAAAACAAUGUCAUGUGAAUUUAUCACAUUAUGUUUUUAAAAUUUGAUCAAGACCUUCAAUGAACACAUUCGCUUCCCAAAAAUGUGAGAACUUAUGCAAAAAGGUUUUUCAGAUCAUAGUGGCCACUCUUACUGUCAUCGGAAGCUUUACUUCUUGUUUAGUCUUUCAUCUUCAUUUCUCCCUGGUUGUCUUCAUCAAUAUCGCAACUCAUCUCGUAGGACGCAUCUGCUGAAAACACCACAGUUGUUUUCUCUCAUUUGAGCAACGGUCGAUGGGCUACUUUUACAAUCUAACUGCUCUUCCACCUGACUGAAGUCAGACAAAGUCUACUUCCCACAGACUGCAAACUGUGACUCCAUCAUGUCUACUGCUGCUGAUCUGGUGGUCUCUACCGCCAGUGCAGGUUUUAAAUGAAAUUAAGAUUAACUGAGCUUCUCAUAGCUUUAAAUUCGUGUUUCUGUUUUACUUGCGUAACAGUUGGUCUGAGUCAAAUUUGUCAUUAUCUUUCCUCCUUUGGGACACUGUGUUCUGGUACUUUAAAAGAGGUGGGACUGAGAUGCAAAAGUGAUAAGGAUAAUUUGGAAAUAAACUCACAACUUCAUAGUGUUUUGAGUGAAAAAUCAUGUCACUUCAGCUACUUUAACAGUUGGACUGAAGUCCUGACACCAGGAUGUUCUUAGAAGUUGCAGGGACACUGUUGGAAAUAACUACGCAUCUACAGUAACACAUUGUAAGAGGUAUAAGAUACACAAUUACAAUAUCAGAAAUCACACAAAGUGUUUCUUGUAGUAUCUUGCAGGGACGUUAUAAUAUCAUGGUGCCAUUUUCGUACCAUUAUCUUUGAGUUGUUAUAAAUGUUUCCUGUGUUUCUCCUCACCCUCCCAACCAUUUUAUAUGGGGCUUAGAAGUUUGGCAACUAUGUACAUGACAAAUCCUCAGGUGCCUUACAGUUUGAUUCUCUUAGGACUGAGCAAAUGAUUUGGUUUGAGGUUUGUGAAAGGACUGCAAGACCUUUGUACCUUCAUAAAGGGCUGGAAACUAUAUGCUUGGUUGGAUCACAGUUAAAAGUGGAACAUUUAUAUUUGCCUGUUUCAGUUAUCCUGAUUUAGCACAACAUAGUCUAGAUAAAAGACAUCAAAAAAAAUAAAAAAUUGCAGACGUUUAUUCUGGUCACAAUUCAAUGUAUUUGGUUCAGACCUUCUUAGUAAAUGUGUUAGUAUGAUUUAAAAAGCUUUUUGAUCCGUAUAUAAAAACCACUUUAAAAACUAAUCAAAGGAAGGUAAUGGUUUCAGAAUAUAUUUUUUCAUUCAUAAGUGUCUUUACUGUCACCUUCUGUUUGCCCAUUUUGAAAUCUCGGUGCAUACUGGAGUUGGAGACUGGACCAGCUGACAAAAGUGCAAUAGUAUUUUAUUACAAUGACAGACAGGCUGGCCUGGAGCUAUUUACCUCAUGGUCGAGUGUUUUAGCGAACGUUAUUAGGAGCAGUUAUAAGCUCCACGUGAACGCCUUUUCAUGCCUGUGUACUAUGCAGCAGUGCCUCUGCAGGGUGGCUGAGGUUGCAGGCCUCUGUGCAGAUUGAACUUCAUACAACAGACCGCUAAAGGCACCAUGUACAUUGUGAUAAAUGCAUCAGAAGGAAAUGGGAUACAGUUAAGCUGCCAGUUGGUACUUAGUUUACACUGAUAUAUAAAAAAAAGUUUAACAUUUAAAUAUCUUACAAUAAUGUUCAAGGACUCACAAGAAUAGGUCCUUAUAGAGUUGCUACCCAUAUUUUUUAUUCAUAUCAAAAGCACCACAUUUGAGAUCAUUUAACUGAAGAUAAACCUCACAGAUGUCUAGGUGCUGAAAUAACCAUCUUGUAUCACAUGUUGAUUUCAUUUUAUUCUAUGUUAAUAUUUGACUAAUUAGUAAACACCAAAACCAUCCAAUGCACAUAAACUUUAGAUCAGCAGUGUAAUGGCAUUUUCUCAACUACUCAGUAAAAUUUCUGCUCAUGAUUUUGAGGAUUUUUGUAAACUCAUUCAACUUUCAUUAUUUCCGACAUUGUUGCUCUACAAUAUUCUUGUUGUCUUCAAAAUUCACACAAUGACAUCAGAACUUGUUUUUUUCAAGCAUCAAGCAAAUAUGAACAUUUACUGUGAGGCUCAUGUAAAACUCAUCUGUAUGUAUGAGUGUUCCUGCCUUUCAAGCAAUAACCCUCAUUUAAAUGUUACAGGUGUCUUUGUGUUGGUUUCUGAAGUCUGAGGAAUAUUUGAUGAUUCCUUAGCUGGUUAAAGAAUAGUUUGUCACAAUAGGUUGUAUGCCUAUUUCAUUUUAUCUGAUCAGAAAAGACUUCUGUGAAACACAUCGCCUGUGAAUUUAGAAAAGCUAUUGAUUUGUUUAAAAGAUGUUUUUAUUUUUUCAAUUGCUAGCCUACCACAUAAAUACAAACAUAUAAAACCAAUACUUGGUAUUCAACUAGGUGGUAAAAGAGUAUCAGUCAAAUGGUCGCCUAAACUCAUCAUCGGGAUGAAUGUCAUAUUAUGUUUUAGCUUUUAGUGAUUUAUUUGAGCUAUUUUUCUUUUUGAUGGUGUAUUGAUGGUAUUACAUACAUCAAUGCCUUUUAAACACAAUCGAUGGGUGCCUGAGUUUGAAUUGGAUAUUUAAUUUAAUCCAGAAAGAAUUAUACAUACUUAAGCCCUCAUGUGCACACAACACAACGCACAGAUGCUAUUUGGGUAGAUUUUCCAUAGUAAGUUGCAGAGAAACCAAAAUGUGUUUUGUAGGCAUCGAUCAUCCCAAUCACUUACCAAACACUUUGCAGCUGAACAUUGCAAAUCAGGUCAUAUGAUUGAAAUUUGGACACGCAUUGGUGUUCUGGCAGGACAGAGAUCCAAAACACACGUGAAAUUAGUUGGGGAAUAAAUGGAGCAGAUUAAAUUAGGUCCCUGAAACGGUCUCAAAGCUAUGACCUAAACCAUGCUGUGAAAUUGUGGACCAUGUUUAACCGGCAGGUCCACGGCAGGAUAACGAAUCCAGAAAAAUACUUAAACAUUUUCUCAUGUUGUUUAUGGGUACAUGAAAAUGGCUGUGGUCAAGAUGCAACAUGUUAAAAGUUCCUUUGUCAAAUAUUGGUACCAGUGCAUGUAUAUAUUUAAAACUGUAUGUAUAAUUCUGACUGUGAAGAAUAUAAACAAAUAUACAAUAAAUUCAAACCUGUGCACCCAGUUCUUGUUUAACAUUACAUAAUAUUUUGUUCUAUGGUGGAGAAAGGAACGACUCAAACACAUCAUCAUCACGAUGACUGCAUGUCAACUUUUGACCAAAGCUCUACAAGUAGGUUAGCUUUUGAAAGGGCUAGCAAUUUAGCCAGCUCCAAGUCCUUAUGCUAAGCUAGGAGAGGUGCUACUUUAAUAUUUCCCGCACAAGACAUAGUGGUGUCAGAGAUCAACACUGAAUCGACAAACUAUUCUUUUCACCAGGCAGCAUUAGGAUUAAUAUCCACAAGUUUGUUUUGUAUACUUUAUUUUAUUAUAUUUGGGGGUUUUUGUUGCAGCUUCAGUGUCCAUCUGCGUAAUGGGCCUGCCUAAAUGUACAAAUCCAGCACUGACUCUGAGGGGCACGAAUACUAGUCAUAUUAUAACAGUUCUGCCAGAAUUGCACAUAAUGUAAUUUGGAUAUAUUUUGUGUAUAAGUAUGAAACUGCUAAGGAAAACAUAUUUUUCAGUGUUUUAUGAAGAGAUAGACCAGACAGUUUUGUUUGCCUUUGGUGGAGAAAUGUGCUGUGGGUUAUGGGUAGAAAAAAAAACAAACAAAAAAAAAACUAAAAUGACAUCAAAACCAUCAGAUAGUAUAUACAGGUUUGUGGUUACCUUAAUUCUAUUUUAAAAUUGUUUAAUAUAUCAAUAAUGAGGACAAACAUUAUGCCAAAUAAGUAUUUGUACAGAAAUAUACAUAUAUAAAUAUAUAAUUUAGGCCUAAUUUCUUUGAAACUAUUUUCUGCUCUUGACCCUGUUUUAGUUGUUUAAUGUUUCUUUGUCAACAUUUUAUAAUAGCAUGCAGGAUAGUAAAUGAUUGUAUUAAUUAGUGAUUCAUUGCUGGUCAGUAUUACAGCAGUCUACGGAUCAGUUUGUGUUUGCAAGAUUACUUUAGGAUGACUAUUUCAUUUCUAGAUUUGUUCAUCUAAAAAUUAAAUGUACAUUUUUUUUCCAAAUGCAAGGUUUUGAAAUUGUUCCAACAGUUUUUAUGAUUUUUUUUUUUUUUGCUUUAUGAAUGUGACUUACUAUAUUUUGCUUCCUAAGUACUACCAACCAUCUGUUGUAAAUAAUUAUGCAAAUUAAA